GGCGGCUCUAGGACCGCGGGGCAGCACACAUCUCCUUUGUCUUCCAGCUGAUCCAGUGCCGGGGUCUCAUCACAGCUGCUCUGUAUAUUACAUCUCCUGCGCAGAGACCCCGGCUAUCAUGCCUGAUUACAAGCUGUCCCUCCUCUUCUUGGCUGCGGUAAUGCUCCAUGCCAGGGCCAGUGAGGUGCGGAGUUGUGUGGAUGCUGCCCGGGAACUUAGAGACAGGGGCCUGAGUGACAUCCCAGAGGUCCGAACUCCAAUAUCCGGGGAACAUCUUCGGAUAUGCCCCCAGGAGUACACAUGUUGUCCCAGCGAGACUGAGCAGAGGCUGAGCGAGGAGAGCGUCAGAGAUCUAGCGCGCAUUGUCAAUGAGACAGUCAGCUACCCCGCUGGAGUGUUGACCAAGGCAAGAAAGAGGUUCCAGGAAUUUUUCCUGGCACUUCUUGAUUCUUCUGAGAACUCUCUUGCUGCCAUGUUUGCGCUCUCUUAUGGACAUCUGUAUUCCCAGAAUGCUGCUCUCUUCAGCACUCUCUUCUCUGAGCUGCGAGCUUAUUAUAUGGGAGGUGGAUCUACCAGGGUGGCGGAGGCACUCUCUGAGUUUUGGGCAGCGCUUUUGGAGCGUACACUCCGGCUGCUGCUUCCACAUUAUGACAUGAGUACGGACUAUAUGGAGUGCGCAGCUCAUAGAGCCGAGGAGCUGAGACCCUUUGGAGACAUCCCACGGAAGCUUCGGAUACAGGUCACCAGAGCGUUAGGAGCAGCCAGGACACUGGUGCAAGGACUGGCGACGGCAAGUGACAUUGUCAGCAGAGCAACCAAGACAGUGCCACCUCCUGAUUGUCUCCGAGCGGCCAUGCGGAUGUGGUAUUGUCCAUUAUGCCGAGGGCACACUGGCCUUCUGCCAUGCCAUGGCCUAUGCCUCAACGUCAUGAAGGGCUGCCUUGCCCACCAGGCAGAUAUGGAUGCCGACUGGAACAGUUUGAUAGAGGGGCUGCAGGAAGUGGCUGAGCGUCUGACCGGACCCUUCAAUGUGGAACUUGCCACUGAAUCCAUUGCAGAGAAGAUUUCUGAGGCCAUAAUGACCCUGCAGGAGGAAAGCGUACAGCUCACAGCACAGAUAUUCCAGUCUUGUGGCACUCCGCGCCCAUCCAGAACCAAACGCUCCCCUCAGCAGGAACCAAAGAGGACAUUCCAAGUAUACAGCAAUGAGGAGAAACCUACUUCAGCUGCCGGCACCAACAUAGACCGGCUGGUGUCAGAUGUGGUAUCCAAACUUCGCCAACUGCGCGGCCUCUGGAAGCUCUUGCCUCUUUCUCUGUGUUCAGAUCACAGGGUCUCAGCUGGUCUAAGCAACCAAGACAGGUGCUGGAAUGGACAGACCCGGGGAAGGUAUCUCCCUCAGGUUACGGGCGAUGGCGUUGUCAAUCAGAUCAAUAAUCCGGAAGUGGAGUUACCAAUGUCACCUCCGGAUCCUAGAACCCGUCAGCUGGGGCUGCAGCUUCGCGUUGUGCGGAGCAAACUAAGAGCAGCAUACAGCGGGAAGGACAGCGAGACACAGGAGCCCUAUGAUGAGGGCAGCGGAGGCUCCGGUGGAGGGGACCCUGUGACAGAGAAACCUGUUGUCAAAGUCCAGGGAGGUGGUGGAGAACGGAAGGAGCGACCCGGCAAAGACAAGAAGCAGGGUGCAGGCGGGAGAGGCAGGGGCGGUAGGAGGGGUGGGGUUAGGAACACCGAUGGGGCAGGAGCGCUAACUUCUCCCAUCUAUAUCAUCAUUCCCAUGGCCUUUAUGGCAGGACUUGUGGUGUCUGUGUGACCUCGAAAUAUGGAUCAAUGCUGCAUGUGAUCAGAAACUACAACUUAUCAAUCACUGUGCGGCCCAAUUCUGUACAUUAUUGAGAUGGCAAAAUCUAGUCAGCCGUGGUAGUGGAUGUAAGGCGCCAUCCAUAGGGGCAGUGGUCACCUGCUAUCCACAUGACUACAUGACGCCCGCCCUGAUCAAUAAUGGUGCAGAAUUGGAAGAUAGAUUAAAUCGGGUUCAGGUUUUCUGUAAAUCAUUUUAUAAUGAAAGUUAGAGAACUUUCUAAGUUACUUUAUGUUUCAAUCCCUCACAGUUUUUUCCGCUUGCUGUCACUGAAUACAAACUACACCUGUACAGAUCUAAUACUCAUAGUUGAAGGUUUGCUAUGAUUGUAUCCGGUCUAGACAAUCCCCUCUGGGUUCCAGACUGAUACAUGUUACCUGCACUGAUACAUUGUAACAAACUAUCAGGACAGGAGAGAGAAGAUUUGUACUGCUCUGUACACAUUGCCGCACAUAUAUGAAGACUGCCAGGAAAGGAGGUACUGAAGAGAUUUGCGCCAAAUUAAUAAGACACACACCUUGUAAUAAAUCUGACGUCCCUUUUAAGAUUUGGCGAGCGACAAGAAAAGUCACAAUCUUUGUUCAGAUUUGGCAAUUUACACUAAACGCUGGCCUAGGGUACUUUCACACUAGCGUUAAAGUUUUCCGGUAUUGAGUUCCAUCCUAGGGGCUCAAUACCGGAAAAAAACGCAUCCGUUUUAUCCUAAUGCAUUCUGAAUGGAAAGCAAUCCGUUUAGUGUGCGUCAGGAUGUCUUCAGUUCCGUUCCGUCCCUUUUACGGUAUUUGAAAUAGAAAGUAAGACGGCGCUACCUGUUCUCAAUAAGUCCAUUCAGUGGCGGUGCCAGUGGUGUCGGAUCCUGACCUCUGGGUCCCCAAAGUACAAGAAUAGAGGGAAAAAAACGUAGCACUCCAAUUUCUCAAUCAAGCCUUGAUAAAGACUCACUGGAGUGAGAAAUAAACACAGAAACUACAUUGAGAAAUUGGAGUGCUAUGGUUUUUUUCCCUCUAUUUUUUUUAUGGUAUUUGGCCGGAGAAAAUAACGCAGCAUUCUGUGGUAUUUUCUCCGGCCAAAAUUCCGGAACACUUGCCGGAUUGCCAUUGAAAUGUAUUAAUGCCGGAUCCGGUACCGACUGUUCAUGAAAUUGCCUCAUUGACGGAUCCAGUUUUCCAGUCUGACCUUUAAAAAUGUGAAAAAAAUAAAUAGCGGAUCCGUUUUUCUGGAUGACAUCCGAGAGACGGAUCCGGUAUUUCAAUGCGUUUGUCAAAUGAUAUCCGUUUGCACACGGAUUUCCGGAUCCUGCAGGCAGUUCCGGCAACGGAUUCUUCUAACGUUAGUGUGAAAGUAGCCUUAGUAAAGGUGGAUCCUUGAGUUUUUAGUCAAGUUUUGUGUUUUACGAGUUUUCAGCCUGCGGAUAUAAACAAGAAUGUUUUUUUUCACUGACAGCCAGCAGAGAUUGUAAGUAAUUGAAACACCACCUAUAUCAGAAAGUUGCUGAAUGUUUCAUUAUGCAAUGAAGAAGCUUUACCCGGGAGCCCCUUUUAUUAGAUGUUGUGAUCAUUCAGCAGCCAGGGGCCUCUGACAUGAAAGUGUUAUCGUGGGGGCCACAGCUCAUGUGGGCCCCAUGUUAGCCGGAUGCAAGUACAGUAUGUAAGGGAUAACGAUCCAGUAGACAUUAACCCUUCCGUUUCUUUCUGACUUUUAGCAGUGAACUGUGGAAUAGACAGACAGCUUUCUUUUAUAUAGAAUUUUUUAGACCUCGUCUUGUUCUAUUAUUGUAGAUCCCAUUUAGGCCGAAAGAUUCAGUAGUUAAGGAAUGCUGCCGAAACAGGGACACAUUUAAAGGAGCAACACACGUGAUUAGUUUUCUUAAUGACUGCUUCCUGUAAUAUCCCUGGUGGUCUAGAUUGGUUUUUGCAGUUAACACCUAGUAUCCCUGGUGGUCUAGUGUGAUGAAGGGAAUUAAUAGGCACUCCAGCAAUUUGUUUAGCCUAUGUAGUGCAGGAUAGGGGGUAAGAUUAAUAUAGAAACUCUUUUGUAUGCCAUUUGUAUAUUUGUUUUAGUUUUUUUGUGCUAUUUAUGGGUUGUCUGCCAUCUGCAUUCCUUCUUCCCCCUCUGAUAUGGUAUGUAGCCUACAUUUCCCACCAUGCCUCUGGCUUUGGUGUCUCAUAACACUGCACGGCUCUGCUCCUAUCAAAGGGCAGCAGAGAUAGAUGAGUGACACAAUUACUGGCCCCUAACUCACAUCGUAGAGUCUCCUUGUAUUCUAUGUGAUGCAGCUUCGCCCUGUCUUCCCUGCCUCCUGCUUGUGAUAGUAUCCUCCCUGUCAGCUCUUAUAGCAGGAGGCAGGGAGAGCAGUGUGAAGAGGCACUAGAGAUUCUGCAUACAUGGUCAGACAGUGUGAUUAAUGGGAGUUUUACCACUCUGCAUCUAAUCAUUCUAUGGACUUCCCUACUAUAGCCUGUAUUACACCGGCAGAUCAGCAACUGAUUGUCCGGAGGGAACCGUUCCCUCCCUGCAAUUGCUUGCUAGCUAGCGGAGGAGACAGCUGCUAUUACAUGCAGUGAUCUCCUCCGCAGCAUGGGGAGGAGCGAUCACUAUGCCAUUGCUAAUGCUGUCUAGUGGUUUGCCGGUGGCAGAUUGCUAUUAGACAGCAUGAUCUGACGCUAGCAAGCACUGAUUUUAAAGCAUGCUUAAAAAUAAGAAUUGCCCAAUGAACGAACGCCAAAUAUCAGCCAAAAUAUUGGCCAGUGUAAUACAGGCUUAAAGGGCUUCUGUCACCCCCCAAAAGUAAUUUUUCGUUUUUGG